CAGUUCUUGCAUAUCCGAGGAUUCCGAGGCGGUAAAAGUGGGCGAAACUGCGAAAGGCGCGCGAAUGACCACGAAGGAGCUAUAAACCCGGACGUAGCCCGCGGGAGCGGCGACGAGAACGACGGAGCUCGAAGCGCGUGGUCGCGCGACGAAUGGUGAGGACUCGGGAGGUUAGGCUGGCGCGCGAAGGUUAACCGGCUUCGACGAGCACGAUGAUCGAGACUGACAAGAGGGGCUGCCGAGAGCUGCUGGUGCAGCGGAUGAUUCUGGCCGUCGUCGCGAGCGUGACGGUGCAACUGUUCCUCGUCUGCUGCCUCGUGCUGCUCGCUAAUCUGAGUACGGACUACACGCGCUGGCUCGAGGAAACGUGGACCGCCGUGACGUCGCCGCGGAUGUGGGCCUACUUCGUCGUCCUCGCCACGGUGACCGUCCUGCAGGGUUUCUUCUGCAGCAGCAAGUAUCUGCGACCCCCGCCGUACUACAAGAGCAGGUUCGUCAGGCUGUACACGGCCAUCACCAUUCAGAGCUUGCUCCUGCGAGCACUGUACAUCCUUAUCGGUGGCAUUCUGGCCUGGUUACUCCUGUCGUUGAGGAGGGGAAGCUACAGCGCCUCGACCGCGGACUGCAGCCUCGUGUACGGAACGUGCCUGAUGGAGGAGUACUACUUCCUACUGUUGAGCGGCCUGUGGAGUGGACUAUACUUCUCGGCCAAGACCGGCAAUUUCGCGAGGAGGUACCUCCGCUUUCCCGUUAUAGCGCAGUCCAAAUUCCUACAGCUGAGACGACGAAUCUACGCCAUGCUUCCGACGCUGAUGAUCUCCUCCAUGUGGUCGACUCUGUAUUACAUGGCUAUUUAUUAUUUCGUGGGGCUGUACUACCGCGAGGCAUUGUUGUCUAUCGUAUCCGCGCAGGUGGAGGCCAAACCCCUGGAGACCGUGUCCAGAUUGCUGAAUCUGUCGCUGAUACUGCAGCUGUGGCUGCAUCAGUUUAUGUUUAUGUUGAUCGCCAGCAACACGUACACGUUAUUCGAGAUAUAUCUGACCGAGUGGGCGCCGUUUAAAUUCAGUUCAAGCGGCGCGUACACGCCCGACAGUUCGGAGAUGACUCUCGUCGACGCGCUGUCGAUGGACAAGAUACCGAUAAUGCAGCACCUGGGUUACUUGGACCUGGUCACCCUGGCCCAGAAGGAGAAAGCGAGAAGAGGCACGUUGUUUACGCUCAGUCAACCGGGCGGUCAUCCGUACAACUGGAACUGCGUGGUACAGAAGAGUACGAGUCUUCUUAACAAGUUCUCAUCAGACCUCAACGCGAUAGCCGCCAAGUCUCAGGAUCAGUCGACCUGCUACGGCACGUUGGCGGCGAGAGUACCGCCGGUUCAGCACAGCAAAUACGUAUACCACAUGCGGAAAUUGAUACCAGACGUGGCGCCGACGUCGGCGGCGGAGCAGGCAGAUGCGGAGGAAGCACCUUAUGCCGGUUCAGCCGUUCAAAAGUUUUUCAAGCAGAGGAAAGAGGCCGUUGUAGCGUAUUUGUUUUCUAAGCCGCUCAUCAGUUACAUCUUCGGCGAACAGGAUGACAAUAAAAUUCGUCAUGCUUUGCACAGUGGGCAACUGGUGAUCUGGGCGGCCGAGGCCGUUUCGUCUGUGUCCGUCUUUUCGCUGAGCGAAGACUCUUACGGCAUUGUACAGAAGGAUAUGCCGCUCAUCGUCAACGCCCUGUUGUCGGUGAAGCAGGCGCUGGACAAAUUUCAAAAGUCAGCUGUGCUGGCGAGGAAGAUGCAAGCGGAUGAUAAGCUGGUCAGGGAGAUCUUCACGGCCCUACGAAGUGCGAUCAAGCGUAGUCUGUACAGAAUCGUCACGAACUUUGAGCCGUACAUCAGCGACCUGUCUCUCGAACCUCCGACGAUAGAACAAUUGCAGGGCUUCCUUAAUUACAGGGAAUAGUUAGUAAAUAUUGAUAUUAUCACAAAGUGUACUUGCGUGUUCUGUCCGAUUUUGAAUCUGCCAAGAAACAUUUUGCAUUAUAGAUGUAAUGUGAUCGAGCGACUCUUUUUAUUGAUUAUCUAUUGAUUUAUGUACGUGUUAACUUUCAAUAUUGCUUAUAAGAUAUUACUUUAUAAUGUGUGUAUAUGCAUAUACAUAUACAUAAAUAAUAAACUGAUAUCUUUCAAAAAGUUCGAAGACUUUUCUAUCGUUACUUAUCUUUCAGAUGAAUAACAUGUGUAAAUUGUGAAGAGUAUAUUUUGAGAACGUAAACAUAAAACAGUGAUGCAUUAAUUCUGUGGCGGCUCUUUAAUUACCACGAGACACGGUAGUGUCUCGCGCCAAGUAUAAGCUCGCUAGACCGACCGUGUAGUUUACGCGAGUACGCGAGUUGACAGGCCCACAGAUUUUCGGAUCUCAACAACGGCAGAUCCGACGAACUUCUAAGUGCACUUAAUCGAUAGCUUGGGUUUGCAUAAUAAAAGUGUUUUUAUUGUUGUCCCACAUGCCCCACGAGUAGGGAUACUGCAAUGCAAAGUCCGCGGCUCUGAAUUUUCACGUAAGAAACGUCGUCGUCGUUAAAUAUUUACAUGAUAU